GUGGAGAGCUCAAAAUCAAUACGUAUUUGUUUAAGUAUAUUAGAAAAUAUUCACGUUCAUUGAAUUAUCAUUUGAAGAAAAACCCAUCACGGACAUAACGUGUUUGUGCGUGAUUUUACUUUCAAAAUUUUAGUUCAAGUGGGCCGGAUUGAACACCCAUGCCGGGCCGAUUUUGGCCCGCGGGCCGUAUGUUUGACACCCAUGGCCCUCAGAGCACAUGUGAUAGAGGAUGGAGAACGUUAGCCUCAGCUCGUUUUUAAUUGGCGCUGACGCACACCUGCGACUCACGGUAGCUUUUAAUCACCUCAGCUGUUUCCACGCCAUCCAGUUGGACCACGCCCUUUUUUCCCGCUUACUUUUCAUCUAAACCUCCAUGCAAUUAUCUCCACGUGCACGGCGAAGUGUCUAUCCGCGUACGUGGAAACUGUUGCGUGCGUUGCAUUUCACCAGGUGGGCGUGGCCUUUGUUCCCGCCCUCCCUGCAGACCGGUGCACGUGAGCGCGGCUUGGCCCCCGCCACUUCAAAGCUGCAAUUAAAAAAAAAAAACAUAUAUAUUUAAGAUAAAUUAUGAUUGUCAUUCUUCCAGGAUGACGUCAGGUGAUGCAGCGACGUCGGCGAUCACUCGUGGAUGAUUCCUCAUAGUGGAUGUGCGUGACUUUUCACGCACCUCCUACUCCUCCUUCUGCUGCUGCUGCUGCUGCUCCUCCUGCUGUGUCUCCUAUUCUUGCCGCCGCUGCGGCACAGUGCAUGUGUGUGUGCAUGUGUGCGUGUGUGUGUGGAGGGUUUUUUUACGCGUAUGUUUGUGUGCGUGUGUGAUGUGAGCAGCAUGAUUGCCGGUGUCGCGGAAGCAUCGUGGCGUCGCUGCAUUGACGGACGUGAGUGUUAAAUUGCUGUGUACCUGGCGGUGGUCGCGAACGCGGGAGCGGCGCGUCACCUGCGCUGCAGCGGCAGAGGCGGCAGAGGCGGCAGCGUCAUGUGUGAUUCCAACAAGAGCAAGAAGGACAAAGAAAUUUUGGCGGAAUAUGAGAGUCAAGUGAAAGAUGUACGCUUGCAGCUGGUGGAGCAGCAGCGUUGUCUGGAGCAGCAGACAGAGAUGCGGGUUCAGCUGCUCCAGGACCUGCAGGACUUCUUCCGAAAGAAAGCGGAGAUCGAGACGGAUUAUUCCAGAAACCUAGAAAAGUUGGCCGAGAGAUUCAUGGCCAAGACGCGCAGCACCAAAGACCAUCAACAGUACAAAAAAGACCAGAACCUUCUGUCUCCUGUCAACUGCUGGUACCUGCUUGCUAAACCAGACUUGUCGUCCCUGCAGGUGAGGAGGGAGAGUAAAGACCAUGCGACCCUCAGUGAUCUUUACCUGAACAACGUUAUCACUCGUCUCACACACAUCAGUGAAGACUCGGCUCGUCUUCUGAAGAGGAGCAAAGAAAUUAUCUUUCAGCUUCAGGAGGAUCUGAUGAAGCUCCUGAACGAGCUCUACACGGUGAUGAAGACAUACCACAUGUACCACGCUGAGAUGAUGAAUGCUGAGACCAAGCUGAGGGAGGCUGAACGACAAGAGGGUCGAGUGAAGGGCGGGUCGGGCACAGGAGGAGGGGCGGAGCCCGUGUUCGGACUGCGAAUAGAAGAACGUCACCAGAGACGUAACGCUGCCCGCAAGAUGGAGAAGAUGAGAGAGAAGAGGAAGUCAAAAUACUCAGAGAACAAACUGAAGGCUCUCAAAUCCAGGAACGAGUAUCUGCUGACGCUGGAGGCUACAAACGCCUCCGUCUUCAAAUACUACAUCCACGACCUGCCUGACAUCAUAGAUUGUUGUGACCUAGGGUACCACUCCAGUCUGAGCCGAGCCCUCAGAACCUACCUGUCAGCAGAGCUGAGCCUGGAAGCCUCCAGGAGGUCAGGUCUGGAGGUUUUGGAGGGAGCAGUAGAGGGUCUGGACCCGGCCAGAGACCGUCAACGUCUUCUGGGUCUUUACCCAACAGCCUUCUGUCCACCAUCACGCUUUAACUUUCAGGCCCACAUGGGCGAUGAAGUGACCCAGAUUGCGUCCCAGACUCAGGUACAGGCUGAGCUCAGUCUUCGGCUCACACAGUUGCAGACUCGUCUGGCUUCACUGAAGAUUGAAAAUGAGGAGGUGAAGAAGACCUGGGGGGCAACACUGACCACUCUGCAGGACAUGACGGUGUUGGAGGACUACGACGUCUCCCAGAGCUUCACCCACAGUCCGUCCUCAGAGUCGGUCAAGUCCAGUGUGUCAGACGGUUACCUUAACAAACCCAGUCUGGCCAAGAAACGAGCCAAUCAGCAUGAGACCGAGCUCUUUUACUUUAACAAAUUCCGUGAGUAUCUGGAGGGAAGUACUCUCAUCUCCAAACUCCAGGCCAAACAUGACAUCCUGAAAAAAGCCUUAGCUGAAGGUUACAAAGCUGAACUCCUGACAACAAGUCGUGGAAGGAAAAAUUCACACAGCAAACACCAGGAUUCAACCAAAGCCAUACCUUUACUGGUGGAGAGUUGCAUCCGCUACGUAAACCUGCACGGACUUCAGCAUCAGGGCAUCUUCCGUGUGUCAGGGUCCCAGGUUGAGGUCAACGACAUUAAGAACUGCUUUGAAAGAGGAAACGACCCACUGAUCGAUGAGGAGAGUAACCACGACAUCAACUCGGUGGCAGGAGUUUUGAAACUCUACUUCAGAGGUUUGGAGAACCCUCUGUUCCCCCAGGAACGUUUUGAUGACCUCAUUUCCUGUGUCCGGAUAGAAAACCUUUAUGAACGAGCUCAGUGCAUUCGUAAGAUUCUGCUGGGCGUCCAGAGACCAACGCUGGUGGUGAUGCGGUAUCUGUUCGCCUUCCUCAACCACCUGUCUCAGUACAGUGAUGAGAACAUGAUGGACGCUGGAAACCUGGCCAUUGUCUUUGGGCCAACGCUGCUGCCGACCCCUGACACUCUGGACCAGGUGGCCUGUCAGGCUCACGUCAACGAGGUGGUAAAGACGGUCAUCUUACACCAUGAUAAUAUCUUUCCGGACACAAAGGAGCUGCCUGGUCCAGUGUAUGAGAAGUGUAUGACUGGAGAACAGUACUGCGAGAGUCCAUUCAGUGAACCCGGACCGCUGGAGGAAACGGAGCCUGACGCUGGCACUGAGACUCAGACCAGUGAGGAGGAGGGUGAGGCAAUAGAGGCGGUGGCCAGGUUUGACUAUGUCGGCCGCACUGGUCGUGAGCUCUCCUUCAAAAAGGGAGCGUCGCUGCAGCUAUUUCAGCGGGCGUCACACGACUGGUGGGAGGGACGUCACAACGGCAGCCGCGGCCUGAUCCCACAUCAGUACAUCGUGGUGAAAGACCGAAGAGCGCUGAGUCGCGAUGACAUGACUGACUCUCUGUCCGACACGCUCAGCCAGAAGGCGGACAGCGACGGCGGCAGCAGCAGCACCGAUGACAAACGCUCCAGAAGCGAGCUGAGCUCCCCGACUGACAUCAGACCUGCGGAGAUCUACAACAGUCACAGGAGGAAGCGCACAGAUGUUUUCUUCCGUCGCCCUCUGGGGCGCUCGAACGACAACCAUGGCAACAACAGCGGGAUGGAUCGAGGCUCUCCCCCUGUGACGGGUCAUUUUAGUCCCCGGGAGCUGCUGCUGGGACGUGGCCCGGGUCUUACGCCGCCCUUAGACAGCCCUGAGCGCCACCGGCGCUCGGCAGCCGCUGUGACCAUGACGGUAAGUCGCCACGACUCUCUGAGGAGGCCCGAGGACACGCCCAUCAGACGCUCCAGCAGCGGGCAGCAUAGCUUCAGUGACACCUUACGAUCAAGAGCUCUGGACCCUGAUACCCUGGCACAAGAUAUCGAGGAGACAGUGACUGUGGCUCUGGGGGAAUUUCGACAACUGGAACGUCCAGGUUGUCGUCCCGCCCCUGACGUGGUCCUGGACACCCUGGAGCAGAUGAAGAACGGGCCCAUCACCACAUGUUCCUCUGAGUCUCCCAGCCCCCACAGCACCCCCAGCACCCCAGGUACACCAGGCACCCCGGGGACCCCUGGGACUCCCGGAACCCCUGGCACCCCUAGCCCCCUGAGCCCACUAAGUCCCAUCAGCCCUCUGCCAGGACCUCCACCUGGACCACCCAGACCUGCCAACCCCUCCCCUGACGCCAUUGGCUCCUUCAAACCUGUGGCUGCCGCCCGGAUUGGGGCUCCACUGAGGCCCCCGGCACUGAGGCCCAAACCUCUGGUCCCGCCUAAAAGCAGCACCCCGCCUCUGCCCUCACCGCUGGACAAAUCCUGCACCAUGUGAGCCAAACCAGGCCGAAUCAGGCCAACCCAGGCCGAAACGGGCCAGAAGAGGAGAUCAGGGUAACGAUUCCUGUUUAUAAUCAAACAUGUAUGAGGGUAGAAACCUUAGAAAGAGAACGGUAAAAGGGUUUUAAUGUAGUAAUAAAAUAUUUAAAAUAUGAGCUAUGAUAUGAUAUGCCAUGAUAUUUACGUGUUGUCAGGUUGGUGUUUACUCUGUAGAUGUGUAGGAGUUUUCUUUCUCCAUGUAUCAAAGCAUUUAUCAGAGUAGGAGAGGAAAAGGUCGGAGCAUCAUCCCGAAGGACAGGCCGCGUCCACACCGCGUCCUAAUUAAUGCCGGGGAAAGACAUCGGUCCUAUGUUCUCGUGGACUGGGAAAGGAAUGACCUGAAACGGUGACUUGUUCUAAAAUGAACGUUGCUGAUCAGCGAUGGAGGGUCAAUUAAGUUUAUGCUAGCAGCAUUAGCAUAAACUCUAUUAAGCAACAUUGCGUGUUUGUAUAAAUGAAGCAUUAAUUGUCCCAGGUUGUGUGGGCGUGGCCUCAGAGUGAGGCAGGUUGUGAAGCCUGGACUUUAGGAGUUUAGUCAAGCUCCAGUAAAUUGUAGUUUCAGUGACGUGAAUGUUGUCAUAAUGAUAGCUGGGGGGUGGGGUGCAGCCUGUAAACCAAUCGGGCUGCUGUUAUCAUUUUUUUUAGAAUCUUUCAUGAUCAGCUGCUGUUUCUGUAACGACUUGAGCUUGAUUUUGGACCUGAGGACGAGUAACGUCAGAGCGGAGGCGGCGCUGGUCCCAACCGCGUCCGUGCGACUUUUUAACUUAUUUAUUUAUUGUUGAUUUUUUUUUUAAGAGUUUGAACUCAGUUUAGCUGCUAUGCUCACUUUCACCUCAAUACCACAACUGAAAAAAAUACAAGCGCCUCCGGAGGUCGACAGUGACGCCAAACCGACGAUACUUAGCCAACGCCCAGCUUUUUAAUGAAUGUUUGCAGUAUUUUAACGACUGUUCAUGUAUUGAAUGUUCAGCGAGCCACCGCGGCCUCUCACCAAACCUUUUUAAACGGCCUUCUUUUAUGUUUGUCUGACGGAAACCCAGAAAACAACAACACACCCAGACUGGAGCUUCAAACGGUGUUAGUGCAGACUAGUGGACAGAGAGGGAACAGAGCUUUUACUGGUGUGGGUGUGUUUUGUUCUUUGUGUCUGUGUGUGUUUAGCUGUUUUCAGACACUGACGAUAGUUCUUUUGUUUUCACAAAAGCAAAAAAAGACAGAGGUUUUUUUAAGGCACAAAUGAAGAUCAUGUAAAAUCUGCGAGAAAAGACGUCCCUUGAAUUGUCAUCAGGUGUUGAUUAUGACUAAAGGCCGCAUCCUAUUUCAUAGGAUAAUUAAUUAAAUUAUUUAAUUAAUUAAUUGUGAAUUGUGAAGUGGAAACACUAUUUAAUCCAGUGGUUUUCAACCACCAGUGGUUACGACCCCAUUUAGGGUCACCUGGAAAUCAAAGGGCGUUGCCUGAAAUGUUAAGUAAUAGAUUUAAAAAACAAUAAUAAUAUUUAAUUAUUACUAAUUAUUAUUCUUUUUUAAGUUAUGAAUAAGAAAAAGAAGAACUGUUUUGAUCUCUGAUAAUUGAAAAAUCAUUGUGUUAACAGCAGAUCUGCUGCAAUAGGCUACCCCUAGGGGCCGCCAAAUACAGUAUGUUGUUCCUCUUACAAUUAAACCCAGGAGUCUGCUUGAAAGGCAGACAUGCUAAACUGUUAAAAACACUUUCACUCUGUAUUUGCAACAUAGUACAACAAAGGUGAUCAAAAACUAACUCAACAACCACUAGCCUGUUCGUCAUUAGCAGUUCUCGCAAAAAGACAACUGUCCAAGGCAACUCUUGUCGACCCAUUUUUUUUAAACCUCGCCGAGCUGAAAUUUUGUGAAUGUCUGAAAACAGCUAGCAUAUGUGUCUGCGUGUCUCCCGCUUAUGUGCCCUUCUACUGCAGUAACAGAACAGAUGACAGAUUCAAGUGCAAAAAAAAAAAGAAAAAAAAAGCAUGUCACUUUGUCUGACUGCGCGUGCGUGCGUGCCGUGUCUGUGUGUUUGAAUAAAAACAGAGGU